UCGAAAACCUGUCAAGCGGGUUUGGCCAAAAUUAUGUCUUGUUCUCAAGCAAGUUCACAGUGCUGGCUUCCAUCUCUUGGGCGGGACAUUCCGGAUCGGAGUGGAGGUCCACAGAGGUCGAUGCGGACGGGGGCCCUGCUGGAAACAGAGGGGCAGUAGAGGCCAAGGGGCCACCCCUACACCUGGAGCACAGAGGGGCCUGGGCCAGGGCCAGGGCCUCAGGAAGCCAUGGAGAGCUUCAUGGAGUCGCUAAACAGGCUGAAGGACGUCCAUGAGAAUGAGAUCACGGGCCUGCAGAACAAGCUUCUGGAACUGAACUCAGAGAGAUGCCGGGACGCCCAGAGGGCGGAGGAGCUCUGUGCCAAGAACCGUCAGCUCAGGGAGCAGCAGAGGGCGCUGAAGGAGAACCUGCGGGCGCUGGAGAACAGGCUGCGGGCCGGCCUGUGCGACCGCUGCAUGGUCACCCAGGAGCUGGCGAGGAAGAAGCAGCAGGAGUUCGAGAGCUCCCUGCUCCAGAGCCUGCAGCAUGUCUUCCUCCUCACGACCGAGCUGACCCGGCUGCAGGAGGAAAACGAUGCCUUGAAGGAGGAGGUGAAGCAGCUCCGGGGCCCAGGGCCCAAGCCCCAGCCCAGGGAGGGCGCCCCAGACCCCCCGUCACCCCUGUUGCUCCCCUCCCUGGGCACCCGGAAGGCCGUCACUGAGAAGCCACUGGGAGGCCGUGAGGAGAUGGAGGACCACCACGCAGAAAGGCCGGUGGGGUACGGGACGUCUCCAGUAGCCAAAAUCUCCCCGGGUGCCAGCCUGCCUGAGCCCCGGGCCCCGGACAUGAGCCCCCAGCACAUCUCCAACCAGCUACACGGGACCAUCGCCGUGGUGCGGCCAGGGUCCCGGGCCUGCUCUGCCAACCGGGGCUCCGUCAACGGGACGUCCCCACUGCCGCCCCCCAGGAGCAGCCCCCCAAGCCCGCCUGGAGAGCACAGCCUCCCUCUGGACAGCUUCCUGCAGGCCUCUCUGCCCUCUGCCAAGCCCUGCGAGUCCCCGAAGCGCUCCCUCCAGGCUGACCGCCUCUGCCACCUGAACCGCCACCUGGCCCUGCCCCGUGGGAGCUCUCACAGAGGCCCCCAGGCCCCCGCCACAGCCCCCAGUGGCCCCCAGCCCCAGGGCCUCAAGGCCAGGGAGGUGGAGGCCUGGGAGGAGCCCGCCGGUCUGCUGGGCCUGCCAGGCGCCCUGGCAGGCGUGCGGGACCCGCGGCUGGAGGGAGCGCUGCACCUGCUCCUGGCCCAGCAGCUGUGGGCCCGGGGGCGGGCGGGCGGUGCCGGGCUGAGGGGCCCACCGGUGCCGGGGAAGACGCCACCCUCCCCGCCAGCCGGCUCCCACUCAGAGGGUCCCGGGGGCGGGGCGGCCGGGGCAGCCCUGCCCAGAGGGCAGCACCCACAGCCCGCAGGCCCAGGCAGUCCCGGGGCAAAGGAGGCCACGGCCACACAGGACUAUGUCCCAGACAAGCCCCUGGACCUCUCCGAGUGGGGCCGGGGCCGGGAAGGUGCCCCCAAGCCUGCCAGCCUGCCAGGAUCACUCAGCCCCCCAGGUGCCCACACGCCCAGCCCCAAGCCACCCCAGGGAGUGGAGCCCUCUGCACAGUCUGGGGUCCAGGGACUCAGCGAUGGCACCAAGGGGGCCAAAGAGCCAGAGGCGGAAGAGCCUCCACCUUCCACGGAACCCUCACAUUCUCUCCCAGGCCCCAGCCUGCCCUCUCCAAGUGGGCCAGGAGAUGAGGACAGAGGGAGGCCAAAACUGCCCCCCUGCCCGCAAAGGCCUGAUGGAGACAGCCACCCGGAGCUCAGCAAAGCCCAAGGACAGCGGCCGGAGUCGGAUGAGCUAGAUAAGCCAGACACCUCAGACAGCGAGGUGGGCCUGAGCACCGAGGCGGGGGCCACGCGGAGCUCGCCAGCCGAGGGGCCCAGGGGUUUCUGCGCCAAGGAGCGUGGGCGGGGCCCACAGAAGAGGAAGCGGGCCUCAGACCAGUGGAGCAAAGCCUCGAAGAAGCCGUCCUGAGGAAUAAGGAACCCAGGGGAGCCAGGAGCCCGAGGGACCCCGAGGACGGCAGCCCCUCACCCAGCACCAGCAGCUGUUAAGAGAGCCAGGGGCACCCCAGCCUGCCCAGCCGUGCUCCCCACCCGACUGCCCGCGGCCAGGACAGCCCACGCCGCCAGCCAGCAGACGGCCCCAGCAGCAGCGUAGUGGACUGGGUCCUGGCCCACAUCCAAAGGGGUUGGGAAGGCCAAGAGGGCUGGUCUUCUGAACCCCUCCAUCUCAGAAAUGGUCUUGCCCGCCACCCUCAGCCCAGCAUCUGCUCCCUUGCAGGGAGUAGGGGCCUGGGAGGCCAGGGUGACUCAAUCUCCAGCCCAGCCCCACCCCCCCACCCCUGCUGUGCACAGGCAGCCCUUCCUGGACAGUGCCCCGUCCUCCCACCAACUCCACUAGCAUCCUGGACCCAAGGGGCUACGAGCCUGGCCGCCUAUUCCUGACGGGGCAUGGAGCUCUGAGCGGUGGUCUCGGGCGCCCCCUCGUGGAGUCCCACAAAUAGGUGCUAGGCAGUGAGGGCGCAGGAAGGCUGACGGCAGCAUCUGGGGAGGGG